AUGAAAAAUGGUGUUAAAAAUUCCGAAAUAAUUAGUGAAUACAAACUUAAAGAUUAUUACAAUUUGACCCAAAUUAAGAAAAAUGAGAAAAAAAUUAUUGCAAAAUAUGAAUCAAUUAAAGACAAGAUCAGCUCAAAGACGUAUAGAUUAAAAGAUGCUAAAUAUCCUGAAGUCGAAGAGUCAUUAGUAAUAUGGAUGAGACAAAUGAGAUCAAAUAAAGCGAAGAAAGCGGUAAUAACGAGAUAUUUUAGAUAUCUAAGAGGUCUUAAGCACAGAAAUGGUGUUAUAUUUAUGACAGAACACGGAGAGAGUGAUAGUGUCGCCGAAAGUACUGUACAAAAAUGGACUCAAGAAUUGGCUGAUUUGAUUAAAGAUAAGGAUCCAAAAUGUGUGUAUAAUUUAGACGAACUAUCGUUAUUUUGGCGAUUAUUACCAUCGAAGACAUAUGGUUUCGAUACUGAAUCAAAAAGUGGAAAAAAGAAAUACAAAGAUAAGAUAACUCUUGUGAUGAUAUCAAAUGCUGAUGGAAGUGACAGAUAUAUUAUAAUGAUUGGCAAAAGUGCUAAACCUCGCUCAAAUUUUAACUUUAAUCGUAUGACUAUUACUACUACUAUACAAAUAUCCGAAGAAGUUGAAUGUGAUGACAAUGUAUGGAAUCAACUAAAAGAUAAAACUAAUUUAGCUUUCAAUACAUUUGAAGAAUAUGUUACUUUUGAUGACAAUAUUGUUGAUACUGAGGAGCAUCUAACUGAUGAACAAAUUGUCGCUGAAGUCAUGUCUACUACUAAUACUGAACAUACUAUACAAUCAGAUGAAGAAGAAAUUGAUAAUCCAAUCAAUGAUAAUAUUAACAGACAGACAAACAGACAGACAAACAUAAGGAAUUCAGAAAUAUUCUCUUUUUCAGGAAUUCGUGAUAAGUGUUACCCAUUGUAA